AGGACAGCGGCAUCAGUGCAAAGGGGCGAAACAAGGGAAUAUUUGGCCGACUUUCAAAAGAACUGGAUUAUAAAAACUGGACGCGCUGGAUAGCAACUAAUUCAUCUCUUCGUGCACGUAACGUUAGGUCUCAUCGCUGACAGCCCGUGGUGGCCUAUUUUUAGUUCCUCAUGCCGGAGAUGGCGCAACGGAGCGGGCAAGAGGACCCAGAGCGGUACCUCUUUGUGGAUCGGGCCAUGGUCUACAACCCAGCUAACCAGGCAGACUGGACGGCCAAGAAGCUGGUGUGGGUUCCUUCUGAACGGCAUGGGUUCGAGGCGGCCAGCAUCCGAGAGGAACGUGGAGAGGAGGUGCUCGUUGAGCUGGCUGAAAAUGGCAAGAAGGCCCUGGUGAACAAAGAUGACAUCCAGAAGAUGAACCCGCCCAAGUUCAGCAAAGUGGAGGAUAUGGCAGAACUCACCUGCCUGAAUGAAGCAUCUGUUUUACACAACUUGAAAGAUCGCUACUACUCUGGGCUCAUAUAUACAUACUCAGGACUCUUCUGUGUGGUCAUAAACCCAUACAAAAACCUCCCCAUAUACUCGGAGAACAUCAUCGAGAUGUACAGGGGCAAGAAGAGGCAUGAAAUGCCACCUCAUAUCUACGCCAUUUCUGAAUCUGCCUACAGAUGCAUGCUUCAAGAUCGUGAGGACCAAUCAAUUCUUUGCACAGGGGAAUCAGGUGCUGGAAAGACAGAAAAUACCAAAAAAGUCAUCCAGUACCUGGCUCACGUUGCAUCGUCUCACAAAGGAAGGAAGGACCACAACAUUCCACCAGAAUCUCCUAAAGCAGUCAAACUCCAGAACGGAAUCCUGUUUUAUGGAGAGUUAGAGCGUCAACUCCUGCAGGCAAACCCUAUUCUGGAAUCCUUUGGGAAUGCCAAGACAGUGAAAAAUGACAACUCCUCACGCUUUGGCAAGUUCAUCCGCAUCAACUUUGAUGUAACCGGUUACAUUGUGGGGGCCAACAUUGAAACCUAUCUUCUUGAAAAGUCCAGGGCUAUUCGCCAAGCCAAAGAUGAACGCACCUUCCAUGUCUUCUACCAGCUGUUGGCUGGUGCUGGAGAACAUCUAAGAUCUGAUCUACUCCUGGAGGGCUUCAAUAACUACCGCUUCCUCUCCAAUGGUAACAUUCCCAUUCCUGGCCAACAGGACAAGGACAAUUUCCAAGAGACCAUGGAAGCCAUGCAUAUUAUGAGCUUCUCCCAUGAUGAAAUCUUAUCAAUGCUCAAGGUGGUAUCAGCCGUCCUGCAGUUUGGCAACAUUGUGUUCAAGAAGGAGAGAAACACCGACCAGGCCUCUAUGCCAGAAAAUACAGCUGCUCAAAAGCUUUGCCACCUGCUUGGCAUUAAUGUCAUGGAGUUCACACGUGCCAUCCUGUCUCCAAGAAUCAAAGUGGGCAGAGACUAUGUACAAAAAGCCCAAACUAAAGAGCAGGCCGACUUUGCAGUGGAAGCCCUGGCCAAGGCCACAUACGAAAGGUUGUUCCGCUGGCUUGUUCACCGCAUUAAUAAAGCUCUGGACAGGACCAAGCGCCAGGGAGCUUCCUUCAUUGGCAUCCUGGACAUUGCUGGCUUUGAGAUAUUCCAGCUGAACUCAUUUGAGCAGCUCUGCAUCAACUACACCAACGAGAAGCUUCAGCAGCUGUUCAACCACACCAUGUUCAUCCUGGAGCAGGAGGAGUACCAGCGUGAAGGCAUCGAAUGGAGCUUCAUCGACUUCGGCCUCGACCUGCAGCCCUGCAUUGACCUCAUCGAGAGACCAGCAAAUCCUCCCGGUGUGUUGGCUCUGUUGGAUGAGGAGUGCUGGUUUCCAAAAGCCACUGAUAAAACCUUUGUGGACAAACUGGUGCAAGAGCAAGGCACUCAUGCCAAGUUCCAGAAACCACGGCAGCUGAAGGACAAAGCCGAUUUCAGCAUCAUUCACUAUGCUGGCAGGGUUGACUAUAAGGCAGAUGAGUGGUUGAUGAAAAACAUGGACCCUCUAAAUGACAAUGUGGCCACACUCCUGCACCAGUCCACGGAUAAGUUUGUGGCUGAACUGUGGAAGGAUGUGGACCGUAUUGUUGGUUUGGACCAGGUGGCAGGGAUGAAUGAGACUGCAUUUGGGGCUACAUAUAAGACCAAGAAGGGCAUGUUCCGCACUGUGGGUCAGCUCUAUAAAGAGUCCCUUACAAAACUCAUGGCCACACUCAGAAACACCAACCCCAACUUUGUCCGCUGUAUCAUCCCCAAUCAUGAGAAAAGAGCUGGUAAACUGGAGCCUCAUCUGGUUCUAGAUCAGCUGAGGUGUAAUGGAGUUCUAGAAGGGAUCCGGAUCUGCAGGCAGGGAUUCCCUAACCGUAUUGUCUUCCAGGAGUUCAGACAGAGAUAUGAGAUCCUCACCCCUAAUGCAAUCCCCAAAGGUUUUAUGGACGGCAAGCAGGCUUGCGAGAGAAUGAUCCGAGCCUUGGAGCUUGACCCAAACCUCUACCGGAUCGGGCAGAGUAAGAUCUUCUUCCGCACUGGAGUUUUGGCACACCUGGAGGAAGAGAGAGACCUGAAAAUAACAGAUAUCAUCAUCUACUUUCAGUCAGUCUGUCGAGGAUAUCUGGCUCGCAAAGCCUUUGCUAAAAAACAGCAGCAGCUAAGCGCUUUGAAAGUCCUGCAGAGAAACUGUGCCGCCUACCUGAAACUACGCCACUGGCAGUGGUGGAGACUCUUCACCAAGGUGAAACCCCUCCUCCAGGUGACCCGUCAGGAGGAAGAAAUGCAGGCCAAGGAUGAGGAGCUCAUUAAAGUGAAGGAGAAGCAGGUGAAAGUAGAGAACGAACUGGUUGAAAUGGAGCGGAAACACCAGCAGCUUUUGGAGGAGAAGAACAUCUUGGCAGAGCAACUGCAGGCUGAGACAGAAUUGUUUGCUGAAGCUGAAGAGAUGAGGGCUCGCCUGGUGGCUAAAAAACAAGAGCUGGAGGAGAUUCUUCAUGACCUGGAGUCCCGUGUGGAGGAGGAAGAGGAGAGGAACCAAUCUUUGCAGAAUGAGAAGAAGAAAACGCAGUCGCACAUACAGGACCUAGAGGAACAACUAGAUGAAGAAGAGGCUGCCCGACAGAAGCUUCAGUUGGAGAAGGUGACUGCUGAAGCCAAGAUAAAAAAGAUGGAGGAAGAUAUUCUGCUGUUGGAGGACCAGAACUCCAAAUUCCUAAAGGAGAAAAAACUCCUGGAGGACCGUGUCAGUGAGAUGACCUCCCAGCUGGCUGAGGAAGAAGAGAAGGCCAAGAACCUUGGCAAAGUCAAAAACAAGCAAGAAAUGAUGAUGGUAGACCUGGAAGAGCGUCUAAAGAAAGAGGAGAAAACUAGGCAGGAGCUUGAGAAAGCCAAAAGAAAGCUGGAUGCUGAGACCACAGACCUACAGGACCAGAUAGCUGAGCUGCAGGCCCAGAUUGAGGAACUCAAGAUCCAACUGGCCAAGAAAGAAGAAGAGCUACAGGCUGUACUGGCCAGAGGUGAUGAGGAGGUCGCUCAGAAGAACAAUGCUCUGAAGCAAGUGCGGGAGCUGCAGGCCCAGCUAGCUGAGCUCCAGGAGGAUCUGGAGUCUGAGAAAGCAGCCAGAAACAAAGCUGAGAAACUUAAGAGAGAUCUGAGUGAGGAACUGGAGGCUCUGAAGACUGAGCUGGAAGACACCCUGGACACCACUGCCGCCCAGCAGGAGCUGAGGAACAAACGAGAGCAGGAGGUGGCAGAGCUGAAGAAGGCCAUUGAUGAUGAGAUAAAAAACCAUGAGUCUCAGAUCCAGGAGAUGAGACAGAGGCACGGCACAUCUCUGGAGGAGAUCUCUGAGCAGCUGGAGCAGGCCAAGAGAGUGAAGUCAAAUCUGGAGAAAAACAAACAGACUCUGGAGAGUGAUAAUAAGGAGCUGACCAAUGAUGUGAAGAGUUUGCAGCAAGCCAAGUCUGAAUCUGAGCACAAGAGAAAGAAACUUGAGGCUCAGCUGCAGGAGUUCAUGGCCCGCUUCAGCGAGGUAGAGAAGGUUAAAGGAGAACUUUCAGACCGUUCCCACAGACUACAGGCGGAACUGGACAAUGUUUCUGCUCUAUUGGAAGAUGCUGAGAAGAAGGGAAUGAAGCUGGCCAAAGAUGCCUCCAGCCUAGAGAGCCAGCUUCAGGACACUCAGGAGCUGCUUCAAGAGGAGACGCGUCAGAAGCUGAACCUGAGCAGCCGUGUCCGACAACUGGAGGAAGAGAAGAACAGCCUUCAGGAGCAGCAGGAGGAGGAAGAGGAGGCGCGAAGGAACCUGGAGAGACAACUGGCAACACUACAAUCCCAACUGGUGGAGACCAAGAAAAAGCUGGAGGAUGAUGUGGGAUCUCUUGAAGGCCUGGAGGAGGUCAAGAGGAAACUGCAGAAAGACAUGGAGGGGACCAGUCAGAAACUGGAGGAAAAGGCCAUCGCUUACGACAAGCUGGAGAAAACCAAGAACAGGCUGCAGCAGGAGCUUGAUGACCUUAUGGUGGACCUGGACCACCAGAGACAGAUCGUCUCAAACCUGGAGAAGAAACAGAAGAAGUUUGACCAGAUGCUGGCGGAGGAGAAGACCAUCUCUGCACGUUACGCUGAGGAGAGGGACCGUGCUGAGGCCGAGGCGAGAGAGAAGGAGACCAAAGCUCUGUCUAUGGCCCGAGCCCUGGAUGAAGCUCUGGAGGCUAAAGAGGAAUUUGAGAGACUCAACAAGCAGCUCAGAGCUGAGAUGGAGGAUCUGAUGAGUUCCAAGGAUGACGUAGGCAAGAAUGUGCACGAGCUGGAGAAAUCCAAGCGCACUCUGGAUCAGCAGGUAGAGGAGAUGCGCACUCAGUUGGAGGAGCUGGAGGACGAGCUACAGGCCACAGAGGAUGCCAAGCUACGUCUGGAGGUCAACAUGCAGGCCAUGAAGGCCCAGUUUGACCGAGACCUGCAGGCCAGAGAUGAGCAGAAUGAGGAGAAGAAGAGGGCACUUGUCAAACAGGUGCGUGAGAUGGAGGCAGAGCUUGAAGAUGAAAGGAAGCAGAGAGCUCUUGCUGUAGCUGCCAAGAAGAAACUGGAGAUGGACCUCAAAGAUGUGGAAGCUCAGAUCGAGGCUGCAAACAAAGCCCGUGAUGAAGCCAUUAAACAGCUACGCAAACUCCAGGCCCAGAUGAAGGACUACCAGAGGGAGCUGGAGGAGGCGCGCGCUUCUCGUGAUGAGAUCUUCGCUCAGUCUAAGGAGAACGAGAAGAAGCUCAAGAGUCUCGAGGCUGAGAUUCUGCAGCUGCAAGAGGACCUGGCAUCUUCAGAGAGAGCCCGACGCCACGCUGAACAGGAAAGAGACGAGCUUGCAGAUGAGAUUUCCAACAGUGCCUCUGGAAAGGCAGCCCUCUUGGAUGAGAAGAGGAGGCUGGAGGCUCGUAUUGCCCAGCUGGAGGAAGAGCUAGAGGAGGAACAGAGCAAUAUGGAGCUCCUGAACGACCGCUUCCGCAAGACCACUAUGCAGGUGGAUACCCUGAACACCGAGCUGGCGGGAGAGCGCAGUGCCGCCCAGAAGAGCGAGAAUGCCCGUCAGCAGCUGGAGCGGCAAAACAAAGAUUUGAAGGCCAAACUGCAGGAACUUGAGGGAUCCAUCAAAUCAAAGUUCAAGGCCUCUAUCGCCGCCCUGGAGGCCAAGAUUAUCCAGCUAGAGGAGCAGCUUGAACAGGAAGCAAAGGAGAGAGCUGCAGCCAAUAAGAUUGUGCGUCGCACAGAGAAGAAACUCAAGGAGGUGUUCAUGCAAGUGGAGGAUGAGCGGCGCCAUGCUGACCAGUACAAAGAGCAGAUGGAGAAGGCAAACUCCCGCAUGAAGCAGUUGAAGAGGCAGCUGGAGGAGGCUGAGGAAGAGGCGACUCGAGCGAACGCCUCCCGCAGGAAGCUGCAGAGAGAGCUGGACGAUGCCACCGAAGCUAGUGAGGGUCUGAGCCGAGAGGUCAGCACGCUCAAAAACCGCCUCAGGCGAGGAGGUUCUGUUAGCUUCUCCUCAAGCCGUUCUGGCCGCAGGCAGCUGCAGAUGGAAGGGGAGUUUUCUGACGAUGACGCGGACAGCAAGGCCAGCGACCUGAACGAGAACCCGCCGGCUCAAGCGGAGUAGAGCACAGCCGCCCUCCUGUGGUCACCCAGCCCCACUGCUUCCUCCUCUCCAGCACCUCAUUCUUCUCCUUUAGCUAUGUGGGGUCCACAGUACAGAAAGAGGACCAGUGAGCGAUGUAAACACACAACUACACUAACACUUCCACAUACACAUACACACACACACACACACACGUUCAGACAUAAGCUACCCUCAAAUCUCCAUUUCUAUCCCCUCCCUACCAAGGGAGCAUCAACUCUGCCUUAUUCUAAAUCCAAGAUGCUUCAAGACCGAGCCAAUUAGUGUUUCCUGCAACUGUAGCCUACAAAAUACCGCGCUCACAACAGAACACACUAUAGAAGUGCAUUUCAAAUGUCAAACUUUGCUUUGCGUACAUGAAUAUACUCAUUCAUAAGAGCGUGCAAUGAAAGUGUUCACUCCAAUCUAGUUAAUGAUGUAAAACCAUCAGCUAGCUAAGCAAACGUGACGGAUUGGAUCUUAGUUGUACAGUACAAUUCUCCAAAUAAACACGGUUUGCAGAUUUUGGGUCGAUAGAGAUGCAUGUGCUGCUCGUUCGCUACAAGCCAACACUAAAAGAAAAAAAAAAAAGUCCUGUUGCACUGGACCGGAUCUGAAACGGACCAGAAAA